AUCUAACCAGAAAAGUUGAACAUUUGAAUCAUAGACAUAGGAAUCGAGGUGAUGGAUUUUAAAUGUAACUUUAAGUGGAGCUGUAUGAAAGACUUUGGCCAACAAUAUCCAUGUCUAAUUUUUACUUUACUGUUUUUGAGUUCUGAAUUUGGAAUAGUUUCUGCAGCAUUUCCAUUAUGAGAACUGACCCCAUAUUUGUCUCUGUUAAUAAGGGGUGAACUAGGCUGCUGUAUCCAUGGGAGAGCAAUCUAACAAGAAGAGAGGGACAGAAAGAGGAGGGGAAAGGAACAAAGGAACUUCUGCUAUUUUUCAAAACAAGCACUGUAGUUAAAAUCAAGUGCAAUCCUUUGAUUAAGCGUCACAUAUUCAGAGCAAGCUGCACAAUGGCUCCCUUACUGCUGUUACUACUGCUGCCCGGAUCGCUGGCCUGCCAUGUUCAUCUCAGCAUUUCAGAUGGUAACAUUUACUUUACCAUUAACACCAGCCACACUGUAAUUACUGACAAUCGGCCUGAUACUGUGACAUGUUUGGAGGAUGGAUUUCCCUGCCACAUUGAAUGCACGUUCAGCAACUUGACCGAAUGGCGCAAUAUAUCCUCUGAAUGCUUCAAGGCUGAAAAGACACGAGGUCCCAACAUGACCGAGUACAGAAUAACAAAAGAUAGCAGUUGCAGUGUAUACAUGUGCACCAGCACUAGCAUCUUGCCACUCAUUGCUUCACUGGCUAGUAACAGCUCUGGCCAGACAGCAAUGAUGCAACUCUCCCACAUAAGGUAUAGCUGUCCAGAGCUCUUCAGUAGCAACCAUCAAGUCAAGAGAGCCUUUAUAAGUGCGGAAAAAAAGAUGAUUCAUGACAUCAUGGGAACAUCCCGGCCUGAGCCUGGAGGCUUUGUUAACUACAACCUGAAAGACUUUUCUAUCAAUGUGUACAACAUCAGUGAGGCUGACCUCAACUCCAUAAACUCCAGGAUCCAGCUUAAAGCCCCACAGCUGCUGCCUGAAAACAAGCCAUACAUCCCUGACGUUUGGCUGCCUGCGUAUGCCCUUCGCAACAUCCCAGAGGAGAAGAGGAUCAUUGGUUUGGUCAGCUACAUGCAGCACAGCCAGUUCCAAUUUAAACAGAAGGAAAUCUCAUCGAUGGUUCUCAGGAUAGAGCUACUGGGCGAACAACAACUUCAUAAUCUGAUGACACCAAUCAAGAUGACUUUCGGAAUUCUUCCACACACAGAUGUGGAAAGUCUAAUUAAGCUUAAUGAAUCAUUACAGUGUCACUAUUUUGAUGAAAAUGAGUGGCUCUGGAAAACAGAUGGCUGUGAGACCAAUGGUACCCAGACUGAGAUCAUUUGCAGCUGUGACCAUGCAACACCUUUUGCUGUCCUACUGAUGAGAGAGCCAAUUGCAGAAAUCCACUGGAAAAUCCUGUCAUACAUCAGUUACAUAGGCUGUGGCCUGUCUGCAUUCUUCACUGCUUUGUCCCUGGUGAUAUAUGUCUUCAGUAGAAAGCACAAACUGGAUUACUCCAUCUCUAUCCACGUUUCUCUGAGCGGGGCCUUGUUUCUGCUCAACUCAACCUUCCUGCUGACCGAGUGGGGGUCCAGAGUGAAGCCGGACUGGGUGUGUGUGUUUAUCGCCGCUUUCAUGCAUUAUGCUUUGCUCUGCUGUUUCACCUGGAUGGCCAUAGAGGCACUUCACCUCUAUCUACUGCUGAUAAAGGUGUUUAACACCUACUUCAAACACUACCUGGUCAAACUGUCUCUUGCUGGAUGGGGGAUCCCCGGUGUAAUCGUAGCAGUCUCUUUGGGAGUGAAGGACUUCAAACAGUUUUACGGAGUUACACAAAUGACCAUUGCUGAUACUAACCAAACUAACACCAUCUGCUGGAUCACUGAUGACUCCUUCUUCUACUCCUUGAACCUGGUGUAUUUCACCCUUAUAUUCAUCUUCAACUCUGGCAUAUUGAUGGCAGUGGCCUCUAACAUCUGCAAGAUGAAACGAGUGUUCAGGAACAAGUCCAAGCUUGGAGUGCAGGCUGAUGGAGAGACAUGGAAUGACUUGAGGUUCAGUGAGUCCUGCAGGAGUGGCCUCACUGUAAUGGGUCUUACCUGCCUGAUGGGGACCACCUGGGGCCUGGCCUUCCUGGGCUCAGGAUAUGUCAACUACCCCAUCCUCUACCUCUUCUGCAUCCUCAACUCCACACAAGGUUUCUUUAUUUUCCUGUGGAUCUGCCUGUCGGCCAAGAAGCAGAGGAAGAGAGACAUGGAGGACAAACUGUCCUCUACUCCUGUGAUGUCUUCAGGAGUCAAAUUUGAUUAGACUCCCUUUGCUGCCAUUAGUCCUGAUGAUAAAGGCCUGAUGUAAUCACUGAUAACAUAGCUGUGCUGGUAAUCCCCAUGUAACCACAGAAACUCCCAUAUGUAACCCUGUUUGAAAUGUCCUUAAACUGUAAAACACUUUUAUCUGUAACUUUAUUAUUAUCCUCACGUAAAUGUACAUUUAUUUUUUAGGCUUAAGUGUCAUUUUAGUGAAGCUCUUUCCUUCACUAACUUACUAUAGAAUUUUGUACCUGUGUUUUUGAAUAAAGUCUUAAUAUACCAGAAUAGAGCAAUGGUAACUUG